AUGUUCGACCUCUUUGCGAUGCUCUUAUCCUCUAUCGCAUCCUUUCUCUUCCCCAUCUUUGCCUCCUACAAAGCCCUGAAGACGUCGGAUCCUGCACAGCUGACGCCAUGGCUCAUGUACUGGGUCGUCUUUAGCUGUUGUUUGUUGGUGGAGUCGUGGGUUUACUUCAUCCUUGCGUGGGUGCCGUUCUAUGGCUACAUCCGCCUUCUCUUCUUCCUCUACUUGAUUCUGCCGCAAACCCAGGGCGCCCGAGUGCUGUACGAGCAAUACGUCCACCCCUUCCUCCGCGAAAACGAAUCGCAAAUCGACGAGUUCAUCGCGAGCGCCCAUGAGCGUCUCAAGGCGGCCGGUAUCGAUUACUUCCGAAAGGCAAUCGACUACUUGAGAGUCAAUGUCCUGGGCCUGCCGCCGAGCGAGCCCGAGCCUCCCACUCCCCCUCCGAACACCUACCAGAGCUACACACAGUCGCUCCUCGCUCGAUUUAGCAUUCCGACGGCGACCGGACCUGCCGCCCCCUCCAAUGUGGGCUCGGAUCUCUUCGGCCUGCUGGCCAGCGCCGUAGCCGCGGCGACCGGUGGCUCGGGGGCACGAAGCGACGCCGCCGGCAUAUCGUCAUCAUCAGUCGUCCCGUCUCACAUACAAGACUCGAGCGAGAGGAUGACCUUUAUUGCCUCUCAGCGGGACCGUCUCAACGUUCUUCUCACAGCCCUGGAUCGUGAAGCGGCACAACUCCAGCGAAACGGCGGGCAGACGCAGUCCCGAUCUCGCUCCAGGCACUUGGAUAGCGACGAAGAGAUCACACAGAGGCCGCCCAGCGGGCUCAGCGGAUGGAGUGGACUGAGCAAGAGCCGCAGCGAGACUGACUUUGAGAAGAUCGAUGCCGAGAGCGGGGCCGAAGAUGAGGCCAACCUCCGGCGCCGUCAUGCUGCAGGCGGUGACGGUGGUUCGUGGAUGCCUUGGGGUCGCAAUACGCAGCCGGGUACAGGCCACAGCUCUGGGCUAGAGGACUAG